AUGGGGAAGCUCCCCGCAACCGUCAUCAUCGCCAGACAUGGUGCGAGACUUGACGCGGCCGAUAAAAACUGGCACCUCACCUCUCCGACUCCCUAUGACCCUCCUCUUUCCUAUGGCGGCUGGCUCCAGUCCCGCGCACUAGGCGCCCGCAUCAUCUCGCUCCUCCAAUCCAGAACCGAGGCAGAUGAGCCCACCUCGGCGCAAGACCAGAACACUCCCAACACGACCACCUUCCCGUCAUCAAGUCCCAAACGAAAGCGCAGAAUCAUCAUCCAUACUUCCCCCUACCUCCGAUGCUUGCAGACGGCCAUCGCCAUCAGUGCUGGAAUCAGCCAACACGAUAUUGACGGCGACACAUCCGCCGUCAGCCACACAAAUGGUGCCACAUCCUUGGCUGCAGAUUCCCCCUUCACUCCGGUCUCUACCUCCUCCGAUACUCGCUGUCUUCUGCGCGUGGACGCCUUCCUCGGUGAAUGGCUUUGCCCGGAAUAUUUCGAGGACAUCAUCCCACCCCCCAAGUCCGAACGGAUGAUCGCCGCAGCGAAGGCAGAACUUUUGCGACACGACGACAACACCAUCCCCCAUGCAGACACGGCGUACAAGCCCUCCACCGGUUACUUCCCGGGAGGGUGGGGCAAUAUGGGCCAGACUCUGGCAACAUAUCCGGAAGACGAGGUGCCAGAUGCUCAACAAAACGGGAACGGGGUCCCCGUAUCGAAUGGGGAUCGUAAAGAGGGGACAAGAAACCGCGCAGGCAGUUACGAUUCUUUGCAGUCCGCCGACUCGCCACGCACCCGGCGCAUGCUGACCAAGAUCAACACCAACCUACCCCCUAUCCCCGACGGCACCUACAUGCCACCGACCCCGAGCUAUGCCAUCUCGCGCUCGGCCCCCAUUCCGGCCGGGUAUGUCGCCCACGCACGAGAUGCCUGCGUAAAGAUCGACUAUCAAUGGGACAGUAUGCGUGAUCCUCCGAACUGGGGGAGUGGCGGCGAGUACGGCGAGGAGUGGAGCACCAUGCAUGCCCGUUUCCAUACGGGACUGGAGCGCAUGCUUUCGUGGUAUCGGGAGCAGGACCCUGCGGCCCGACCUCGUCGCCACUCGCAACAGCCACAGACAGAAGACAGUACCACCCUGCCGAACGAUGCCGAUGAUCAGAUCGAAACAGUCUUGAUCAUCGUGACCCAUGGGGCUGGGUGCAAUGCGAUGAUCGGCGCCCUGACCGGAGAGCCCGCCUUUGUAGACAUCCCCACCGCCUCCCUGACCAUGGCCGUGCGGAGGGACCAAGAUGAUGCAUCGUCCCGGGCCGGUCUAAUCGGUGGUCCCGUCGCGCCUCAUUCCCGUGCACACGCACAGGCUCCUUUGCAGAGCUAUGACUUGCAGUUGGUGGCCUCCACAGAUCACCUCCGACCCACCGUGAACCCCUCCGCAUCGAUUCUCUCUUCGCCGAGCAGCGUGACCUCACCUUCCAACUCAGCCUCGUCUCGUUAUCGCGUUGCGCCCCGUCCCUCGAUCUCGCAAGCGUCGUUCGUAAUCGGGCCCUCGCUCACGUCGGGUCCGGCAUCGCGAGGUUGGACAAUGGCCCGGCCAUUCACCGCCCCUCGUGGCUCCACCGGACUCUGGGGGUCGAUCUCAUCGCCGAGCGAGGCAGGUGAGGAUAUCAUCCCUAAUUUCGGCGAUGCGUGGUCUGCAGCCGCCGCAGUGCCCCCAGUCCCCAGUCACAGUGGCAGUGCGAGUUUCAGCAACGGCGUGAAACCCGAGGAAGCACCCGGCUGUUCCCAUCUACCGCAGAGGACAUUGUCUCAGCGCGGGUUGUGGGGUAGCUCUCCGUUAUCAAGGGGCGCAGAAACAGGGGUCAAGCGGCGUUGGACGGUGACGGAACGACGUGUCUGA